AGGGCUGCGGACAAUAUGGUUUUGAAGUUGUGUCCGCAUCUUUUUCAUUUUCUUGGGCCUCUGUACUUAUUUAAUUCGUCUGCUUCCCCUUUUUUUGAUAUUUCCCGACACAAUAAACAUGAAAACCCGCUUCCCUCAUCCUUGGCACUUAUUUAAACCACUUUAUCAUUAUGUUUCCUGUGUCAACAACAAUCCUAUAAAUACCAUUUUUCCUUUUCGCUUUUCGAGUCGACUAAUUCUAACCCCACAGCAACAGCAUGCCUCGCGACAAAAAGACAAGCAAAAAGAAAAAGGAUCGCGGGCGGAGCCGGAGCCGUUCUCGCAAGCACGACAAGAAGAAACCAACCAAGAAAAGAAAAAACGAGACAUCGUCUUCCUCUGCUCAGUCCUCGAAUUCCAGUCGUAGUUCAGUAUCUUCUUCCUUUGACAAAAAAGAGAAGAACGCGACGCUGGAGGCAAGCCACAAACUCUUGAAGCAGUUGCGCAAGGCUCUUUUCAAGGAUCCGGACGCUUUCCAGCUCCAAGAACUGCUUCUGAAGCACGUCGAGAGCGGCGGGGUAGAUGCUGCUGCUGGUGACAAGAAGGCGAAUAAGAAGAAAGCAAAGAAGAAAAAGAAACAGACUACGAAGCUCACGCCCGACGCCCUCCGACAGCUGUUGCUUUCCACUGUAGAUUCACAUGCAUCGUCAGCGUCUUCGAGGAAGAGGAGUAAAGACUCGUCCUCAUCCUCGGAUGAAAUAAGCGAGGACCCCGCGGAAAUGACAAACAGCAAAAGUAGAACGUCGAGCAGCGUUUUCUCCGACUUGUUGCGACACGAAGAUGUCGCGUUCGCCACGGAAACGCUUCCCGUGCUCCUCGACUAUUGCGAAUUCCGUUCCUCCUCGCGGCAAAACCGGGAGACGACGGCCACGGGGUACCAACUCGCACCGCUGCUCCGCGAGGCCGCGGAGCUCUACCGCGGCUCGCUCGCGGCGAUAUGGCGUUCUCAAAUGUUACAUUCUCAACUGUUGCAUAAGUUUGUCAUGCAAGACCGGCAAAAGUGAACAGAACUGGCGAAGAUUGCGCCUCUUGCAUUACAGAUUUGGCACAGAUUUCGACGCUGUUUAGCCCUUCGUAGAUUUGCCAUGCGAAGCAGCUUGAUCGCGGCGAUCUUGGUGGUAAAUUUGCAUGACAAAUCAUGUUCUGACCCUAGAUCUCCUGCGGCCGUAGCUGCUUGCGGCGACGGUGCAAAGAUUUUUGAUGUGGCGCAGUCGGGUAUGCAUGACAAAUCAUGUAACAGUUGAGAGUGUAACGUUUGAGAGUUCCAUAGGCGAUCCUGGUACAGUAUGGCGCGGACGUCUUAAGGCUGCCGGCGAACCUGCGGGAGCGGGUGCCCAGCUUGGGCAAGCCCGACAACAAGCGGUCGUCCUACGCCCGGCCCAACGACGAGAGGAAGCCGUGGCUCUCCACGGCCCAGAACAACGCGAUCUGGACGGAACGCCGGGCCACUUCAGCUCGUCUGAGAUCCCAAAAAGAUCCUAUCAAGAUCCUGGCCGCUGGGCUACUUCGGCGCCCCGAAAUUACGAAUCAGGCCCAAUGUUUUGGCCUUCGCUUUGCCUCUUUUGUAUAGCAAAUUUGCGCGGCCUUUUCUGGGCGUGUCGCAUAGCUGCCGAGCCUAUCCCGAGGGCCGCCCUGUUUGGGAAGCGCGAUUUUUUUUCCCGUUGCGGGGGUAUGUCGGUAUUUUACGGCCACGCAAAACUUGGCGCGGGCCAGCCGCCAGGGAACGCGCCGCCCGCCGCGGCCAGCGUGUCCUUUUGCCCCCCCUUCUGGUGUGCUUCUGUAGUUUUUUCGCGGUAGUCUUGGACAUUGGAAAGGGGGUGGCGCGGAGGUGUUUCGACCGCAGGCAUUCUACCUGCCCAGCAUCCGGGAGCCCGCAGAGAGGCGAUGGCCUUUGGCGCGAUGUGGUGCCAAGUGUUUUGCUUCUUGGGGUCGCGGGGAUCGGCAGGCCAAUCCUGCAGAAAGCAUGUCAAACAAGGGUGGGAGUUUUCUCCCCGCGGCACAAUUUUUGUACUCAGGAGCAUUCUCCAGUGGAAUUCGGCCAGGCACGGGGCCAUUUUCCAGAGUUCAUGGCCGCCAUCUCCAUUUUCAAAAGUUCCGAUCAAGAUCCUGUCCAGAGGACACUUUUUUCGCCGCUUUUCCUGGCCCCUCCCCCGCCUAGAAUCUAUGGAUUUGGCGGCGCAAAAAAGUGGCCAAAAAAGUGUCCUCUGGACAGGAUCUUGAUCGGAACUUUAUCGGAUCUUGAACGGAACUUUUUAGGAACUUUUUUUUGGCCUCUGAAGCUUUCGCCAUACCGCCGUGAUUGGCGACUUUGAACAUUGUUUGAACCUUGGUCGGAUCCUUUGUUCGGGGUUCAAGAAGUGGCCUUUCUACCCUUGAAACACGGGCUGUUUCUUUGAUUCAACAAAUUCAGCGGCUUCGUUUUUGAAUCAAAAAAAAAACUCGCUUUGGGGCUAGUGCGCCGUCUUUUGCUGGACCAUUUCCGACCUGGCCUUGUCCUCGGGCUCGGGUAUAUCUGGCCCAUGGAAGCGAGAUGGACCCUGCGGACGGGGGCAGUUCCGUCCAUUGCCGGGCCCCAGAUUGUUCCGCGUCGCGCCAGGGCUUUUACAACCGCGCGACCACUCGCUCGCCUUUGUUGGGCGUGGUUAUUCGUCACUCCCAGCAAGCUAGCGCCUGUGGCAACGCCCGCGGGGCGUCUGGCCCUUUCUCACAUCUACCAUACCUUCGUGGAACGCGCGUUACACGAGCGGUCUAUGCUUCCCUUUCGUCGGCAGGCUGUCCCUGGAAGCUACAGAGGGGCGGACGCUCCGAAUCUUUCCUACCCCUCCCCCUGGAGUGUCGGGGGUGAUCUUUUCAGGAUCUUCGUGGGUUCUCAGGGCGUCGUCUGUGGCCCGUCGUGCCGCCAGUAAAGAGGAAGCCGUGGCUCUCCACGGCCCAGAACAACGCGAUCUCGGACUGGGCGCGCGCGUGGGCCGCCUUCGAUGCGGCUUGCCACGACGACGACGAGGAGGACGAGACCACUGGCGCUAGAACCUCCGCGCGGUCAACCUCCUAUUUCGACAGCUUUUACAGCUCCCAGAGCGCCGCCGGCGGCGGGCCCAAUAACUUCAACAACUCCUGGGUGGACGACAUUUUGGAGCAGAGGCAGCGCAAAAAACAAAAACACUUGGAGUCCGAGGCGGAGGCGCGCGAGCGCCAAAGAGACGCCGCCUUGAACUCGCACCAGACCAGGCAGGACCGCAUGUACAAAAACCUGACGGAGCAGCAGAAACAGGAAACCCGAAACGUCAAGGCGCCUACGGGGCCGCGACCACCGCCGACGUACUACCCCGGGUUCUCGCGGGAGGAAUACCGGCCCGCGGGUGCUUCGCAUCAAGACGCAGAAGACCUUCCCUACGACCGCCCCGCGGGCCCGGAGCCGCGGCCGAACAGCGGGCUCCCGCCGGCGCGCGAGUUCACCCCCGCCGGUCCGUUAUCAAAUGCAAAAAUGUCUGGGUCGGGAAUAUUGCCGGGUUUGUCAUGCAUAUGUUGCAUGACCCAUGAUGUUUGUAAUGCAUGACCUAGCAUCACAGAUUUUUACAGGGCUUCCUGAUGCCUAUUCCGCAUGACAAAUGCCCUCCCCGCGUAGCACAAACUAGACUCCUCUUGCUGAUCAUGCAAUACAGUUUUUUCUAGAGUCCAAAGCUAGCAUCACAAGCUCCAACCUUUCAGACACAGACAUUUUUGCAUUUGAUAUCCGUCCCAACCUACCAAGACACGGGCGGAACGCGCGAAGGAUGGUCUUGCGGAGGACGAGCGGCGUUGGUCCUCGUUCGUGCAAGGCCAGGGCAUCGCGGAGAAGAACAGAAUUACCUACUCCGACAUCCCGUGGCCCCGCGGGUUGCAGGAUUUCGAAAACAAGAGCAAGCGGGCCAUGGACUUGGAUUGGCUUUCGCUUACCUCCAAGCAAGAACGCAAGGUCUUGCUGCUGCGGUGGCAUCCCGACAAAUUUUUGGCACGCGUGAAGCCCUUCGUACGGGACCCACGGGAAUUCGAUAGAGUCACAGACAAAUGCAAACAAGUCAUGCAGACGUUGAACGACUUAAAUGCAGCUGGUGCUGGGCCGCAAAGAUGAAGCGACAGAUGAAAAAAAACGACCACGAGCAUCUUCAUGUUCUUCCGCGAACUACAGAAGGGUACUGAACAAAUAAGAAAUCAAUAUGUACUAACACUUAGUCUUGAU